CGUCCCAGUGUCUGAGGGGUGCCCCCCUUCCAGCCGGGCCGGCACCCAGCGAGCGUGGGGCUGUGCGGGCGCGGGUCCUCGCGGAGGCUCGAGCGGGGACCCCCGAGCGCGAGCCCCGGAGCCCGCGGGCUGGGCCGGAGGGGCCGGACGGUGGCGGCGGCAAGGACGCAGGGCGGCGAGGCCCCGGCCCGGCCAGUCUGCUUCCGAAUCGGGGCCCGGGAGGGUCGUCGGCCCGAAGUGAGUUUGCCCUGUAGGCCCAGAGCCGGCUCACCGGGAACGGCAGCCCUGGCGGGCGGAGGAGGAGCCACCCCCGUCCCGGAGUCCUCUGGAGCCUCGGGGCAGCUCGGCGUGUCCCGACGGGGUCUGCCUCCACUUUCACUGUCCUUCCUGUUUUUCCAAGAUCAGCAGAAAAUGAGUAAAUCUUUGGGGCCAGUGUCAUUCAGGGACGUGGCCGUGAACUUCACCCAGGAGGAGUGGCAGCAGCUGGAGCCCGAGCAGAAGACCACGUACCGGGAUGUGAUGCUGGAGAACUACAGCCAUCUCGUUUCCGUGGGCUGUCACAUUAUCAAACCGGAAGUUAUCAUCAAGUUGGAGCAAGGAGAAGAGCCAUGGAUAGUAGAAGGAGAAUUCCUACCACAGAGUUACCCAGGAGAAGUCUGGAAAGCUGACGUUCUGGGAGAGAGAGUCCAGGAAAAUGAAAGCAAAUAUUCAAGACAAGCCGUAUCCAACAACAAAACCCUGAUUGAAGAGAGAGGUAAUGUUCUUGGUAAGACUUCUAAUGCGGAAACGAAUCCCAUUCCUUCAAGAAAAAUGUCCUAUAAAUGUGACUCAUGUGAAAAGAGUUUGAAAUCUAUUUCAGAAUAUAUUAGUAGUGAUGGCAGCUAUGCAAGAAUGAAGCCUGAUGAAUGUAGUGCAUGUGGGAAACCACUUCCCCAGAUUAAACUUGAGAAAACUCAUCCGGGAGAUGAGUCUUACGAAUUUAAUCAAAAUGGGGACGCUUAUAGUCUAAAUGAAGAAAGUAUUUAUCACAACAUUAAUAUUUUGGAGAAACCCUUUGAAUAUAUUGAAUGCCAGAAAGCCUUUCAGAAGGAUACAGUUUUUGUUAAUCACAUGGAGGAGAAGCCCUAUAAGUGGAAUGAAUCUGAAAUAGCCUUUCUGCAAAUGUCCAACCUCCGCGUACACGAGAGGUCUCACAUGGAGCUGAAGCCCUAUGAAUGCAACGCGUGCGGGAAAUCCUUCUGUAAGAAGUCAAAGUUCAUCAUCCAUCAGAGGACUCACACAGGAGAGAAACCUUAUGAAUGUAAUCAGUGUGGGAAAUCCUUCUGCCAGAAGGGAACCCUCACUGUCCAUCAGCGCACACACACCGGGGAGAAGCCCUACGAAUGUAACGAAUGUGGGAAAACCUUCUACCAGAAGUUACACCUCAUUCAGCAUCAGAGAACUCACUCAGGAGAGAAGCCCUAUGAAUGUAGUUACUGUGGGAAAUCCUUCUGCCAGAAGACACACCUCACACAACACCAGAGAACGCAUUCAGGAGAGAGACCCUACGUUUGUCACGACUGUGGAAAAACCUUCUCCCAGAAGUCCGCACUUAACGACCAUCAGAAAAUCCACACGGGUGUGAAACUCUACAAGUGUAACGAGUGUGGGAAGUGCUUCUGCCGCAAGUCUACACUCACCACACAUCAGAGGACCCACACUGGAGAGAAGCCCUACGAAUGUAACGAGUGCGGGAAAUUCUUCUCGCGGUUGUCCUAUCUCACUGUACACUACAGGACGCAUUCGGGAGAGAAGCCCUAUGAGUGUAACGAGUGUGGGAAAACCUUCUACCUGAACUCGGCUCUCAUGAGACAUCAGCGAGUGCACACCGGAGAGAAACCGUACGAAUGUACCGAGUGUGGAAAACUCUUCUCUCAGCUGUCGUACCUCACUAUACACCACAGAACCCAUUCAGGAGUGAAACCCUACGAAUGUAACGAGUGCGGAAAGACCUUUUACCAGAACUCAGCCCUUUGCCGACAUCGGAGGAUACAUAAAGGAGAGAAGCCCUACGAAUGUUACAUAUGUGGAAAGUUCUUCUCUCAGAUGUCAUACCUCACCAUACACCAUCGAAUUCAUUCAGGAGAGAAGCCCUAUGAAUGUAACGAGUGUGGGAAAACCUUCUGCCAGAAUUCAGCCCUUAAUAGACAUCAGAGGACACAUACAGGAGAGAAAGCCUACGAAUGUUACGAGUGUGGGAAGUUCUUCUCUCAGAUGUCCUAUCUCACCAUCCACCACCGGAUCCAUUCGGGAGAGAAGCCCUUUGAAUGUAACGAAUGUGGAAAAGCCUUCUCUCGGAUGUCCUACCUCACUGUUCACUACAGGACUCACUCCGGAGAGAAGCCCUACGAAUGUAACGAGUGUGGGAAGAAAUUCUACCACAAAUCAGCCUUCAAUAGCCAUCAGAGGAUUCAGGAGAGGGAAUGUGAGUGUUCUGGAUGUGGGGAGGCUUCUCUGAAGUCAGAGAACCUUUCCGUGUGGUAAGUGGGAGAUGCCUGCUGACGUGCGUCAGCGCUCACACGGGUGUUGUGCUCAAGGCUUUGUGUUAGUCAGACUCGAGGCCUAAAAGUUCACAGGGUAGGAACCACAACUGUAACAAGACCACAGCACUUGUUGGAUUCCAGACUCUACAGGGAUCAACGUUCGUAAGCAUUCAGAACGAGUAUGCAUUUCACCGUGGACUCAGACUGUUUUACACAUCAGGGAAUUCAUACCAAGGGAAAAAAUCUCUCCGUUUUAAAGAAGGCGGGAAACCUACUCCUUUGGAAAUUAUCCGUAUUAAAUGUUACGUUUCUGACGUAGUAUCAAGCUUCUUGAAAACAAAAAUACAGACGAUAAAGAUACUUGUGUAAAUAGAAGCUGUGAAAGCGGCGACAGCGAUCCGGACCACAGCGUAUCAACCUCACACUCACACGGGAGCGGCUCCUGGGCAUGUAGGGCUUAGGUUUCUGAGGGGUUUUCAGUCUCUGUGCUUGCUUUUUAGGGUGCUGCAUUACAGGAAGUGUAUGUUCAGUUUGAAUCCUGUUUGGAAAGCCACUGUAUCCUUAUUAGAAUAAUUCGGAAGAUGCAGUAAGAUUAUCCAUUUUAAGCUCCACCGUGUUCGUAUCCCAAUACCCUGAAACGGUCACCAUGCUGACAUCUGAUAGUCUCAAGUACACUGCUUCUCGUACACUUGCCUGGCAUUUUUAAAUGUUUUUGAUCGCUGUUAACGAACAGAGUCUUCUGUAAAGAAGCCAGUGUUUUUUAUAAUGUGUUCAGCUGUAUCUGAGUCAGCAAGAGUUAGAAAUUCACACAUACAAUAGAGAAGUGCAUAGAUAACUUUAAGUUGUUAAUGCCAGACAUUUCCAGUAGUAUGAAGCACCUGUAGUAUUCAUUGUACUCUAUAAUUAUAUUUACUUUAAAUAUUUAAGUACUUAAGGUAUUUCCAUUUGUAUCAGUUUUUUCCAUCUGUUUUAUUUGGAUGCUGACAUAAGUGUGGAGAACAUACAUACUAUGUAACUUAGGAAUUUUCUGUAUUUUUAUUUGAUAGGAUAGUAUUUUUAAAUAUCGUGCUCUAUUCCUUCUGAACGACCUCUUCCUAUGGGUUUGUGGCAGACGAUGCUGAGUGACCCUGGUCACUCCUUACUGUUCGCUAGCAGAAUUUGGGGCUCCAUUUCUCCUCGUGGAAUGGGGGGGAGUUCCUGACUAGUUUCAACUAAUAAUGAUAAUCCCUUUCUCACUGCCAGCAAUUGGUUUAGAAUGGUCGAAGAACCCAGCUCUGUGCAGAUAAACAGGAGAUAUCUGACAGGUUAUUUCUGGAAAAGGUUCCCUUGAAGAUUCCAGGAAAGAACCGUGCAGGGUGAAGCAUCUGUUGUGGACCGUUGCCUUUGCUGCGUGUGAUGCCCGGCUGUGCCCUUCAGCACAGAAUUAGAGUCUAAGUGUGGCAGAGCAGAAGGACGGGGAGAUUUGGGGACCCGGUCAUGGCAGAACCCUGACCUGCCCAGCCGCGCGGCUCCUCGGCCCCUGGACUGCUGCUUCGGUUGUAGACGAAAUUUACUUUGGAGCCAGUUGGUUUAGGCUGCUGUGUUACGGACAGCUGAAGACACAGAGCUGUACCUUUGUAGGAAUUAUGCAGUUGAGAAGGACUUGAGGUAAAUCGCCAGUUUAGAAGUACGGAUAGAGAUUGGUCUUAUUUUCUGUAAAUUUUGAUGUAAAUAGUUUGAGCACUACAAACCAACUUAAAACAAUUAAAUGUGUAUGUUUCCUCAAAUGGUUACAUCAUUGACAGAAGAACCCUUAGAGCCCAAUAAUGAUGUCAGAUACGCCUUCCUUUUUACAAUGCAUGACAUUAAAUCUUGUUUAGGUUGAUUUAUGUUAUUCACGGAUCAUCGCUCCACUGCUGGUUCACAGUAUAUGGUGUGGCGGUAAGGACCUUUGCUUUCCAGUGGUCAGCCUGAUAGCCUGUAUGUGAAUGCCAGCCCUGCACAUGGAGGUGAAAUGCCAUAUUUUUCAUGUGUUGGGAUCAUUUGUGACACCGGUUUUUGUUGCUCAGCACAUAUUCUUUAGCACACUGUGCGUUUGCUACAUAACUGGGAUGGAAAAGCUGGUAGAUCGUGUAUAUUGGUGUAGGAAAAUAUAUUCAUGGUAUAUUUGUUGAAAUAUCUACAAAGAUUUCCCAGUUUGUCCUCAUAGCUUAAAUACACAGUAUGCAUUUUAAGUAAAAUAUUUAAAAAGUG